UGAAAGUUCAUACGAUUCAUUCCCACAAUGCAAUGUUGGCAGUUUUGAACAUCCUCUUCGUGGAUUGUCCAUAAACUCUCCAAAAUGGCAAUCCAGCACGAUAUGUGUGUUGGCCUCAACAAGGGCCACAAAACGACAAAAAAUAUCGUCAAACCCAAGAAAAAGGGACCCCGCAAGCAUGUCAAAUUCGUGCGCGACUUGGUCCGUGAGGUAGUUGGCUUUGCUCCAUAUGAGAAACGCUGCAUGGAGUUGCUCAAAAUCAGCAAGGACAAGAGAGCCCUGAAAUUCUGCAAGAAGAGGCUGGGAACACUUCGUCGUGGAAGGAGAAAGAGGGAGGAGAUGAUUUCCAUCUUGGCUGCCCAGAGGAAGGCCCAAGCCGGAGCCCAGGCUCAAGCAGCAGCAGCUAAAUAGAUCAUAUUAUUCAGGAUGAAAAAACAUUUGCAGACUUCCCAGCUUAUCUUGAUUUGGAACUGAAUUGUGUGGAACAAGAGAGAGGGUAAUUUUGGCGUGAAGGCAUAUGAUGCAACAUCGCAACGUCGUCAUCGGGACGUCAACAUCGGAAUCCCAAGACAUUGUCAUCACUUUUCAAUAGGACCAUGAAUUCUUAGGGUAUUGGAACUCACACAGAAGUUAUAGACAUUUACUGUUUCAUCUAGUUCCAUCUGUUACUAAAGAAAUGAAAGAUUUGAUAUUUCAAAAAAGCUGGAUAAUAAAGAAAAGUUGGAAAGUCUAAA